GUUAGAAAAAUUGACAAACAACAUUAAUUAAUUUGACUUCGCUAUAUGCGAAAUUAUGCGAAACUAUGUGUUAUCUCUUUUAAGACGAUUAAAACACAGUAAUUUUUUUAUAAGUAUGUAACUUAAAAUUGAUGUAACUAACUUUUUGUAUAUUGAUGUUAAUAAGCAUAUUGCAAGAAGUCAAAAUUUGAAACAUUAUUCAAGAAAUAAUUAAUUACAUUCCACAUACAUUCGUUUAUAAACGAAAUACAAGCCAAAUUGAUGAUUCCAUGGAUGCGUGGUCGAAUAGCAGAAGCCUGGCAUAACAGGAAGAGCUCAAGGACAGCUGAAAGGCAGUCCUUGACUCUUUCUUCUAACGAUACAGGCAGUUCGGAAAAUAAUAGCACCGUACAAAUGCUACCAUCUUCAACUACUAAGUGCUUUAACGUGAACGUUAUCAGCAUGGAAGGUCAUGUAUUGGACGUUGGGGUAAGAACUGAUUUCACUGUAAACAAAAUUAAAGAAAUAGCAAUGAAACAUUUUUAUGGCCAGGAUAUAUCUAAAUCUAUUUCUAAGUUUCGUUUAAUCCAUUCAUCUAAGUUUAAACAACUCAUAGAUGAUAAAGAUAUUAACGAUCAAGAAAUUGAUGAGCAUGAUGAAUUAAUAUUAGUAGAAAUUCGGUCUGUUUCUAACAAAGAAAAUUUCCCAGAGGAAUCUUUAAAAGGUCCAACUGAAGAAGCAAUAACAAAUGUUACUAGUGAUUUACCGAUAAGAAAUCCACCUAAAUAUAUACCACCUAUUAAUUUCUCUUUUGAUUUUCAGAAUGAAACUCGUAAAAUUUUAAUAACACUUGUGGAAGCAUCAGCAAGACUAUUAAUGGGUAGUCGAGAGGCACCAAAGCUCUUUGAAAUGAUUAAAGAAAAAUUUAAAGAACGAUGUUGGCCAAAUAUUGAUUCUAAAGCUAUAAAAACAUUAACUGAUAUGGGUUAUUCUUUUAAAAAGGUGAUUACAGCACUUCAUGUACGAAAGUCCGAUGUAACAGAGGCUUUAGAAUGGCUGAUAGAACAUCAAGAUGAUCCAGAUGAUGAUUACGAAGAUGAAACAACAGUAGUUUGUUUAUAUGCCAAAACAGAUGUCAAUGAAGCAGGUCCUAGUUCUUCAACAGGCAGUACAAAAAUAACCUUUAAGGAAGCAUGUGCUGAUAUUUUUAGUGAUAGGGAAGCUCAAUUCGUGAAAGAGAAUCUAGUAAAUAUUGUAACUCUCUUAUUAGAACAUUUCCGGCAAUUUAAGAAAUUAAAUUUUAAACCAAAUCCAAGAAUGAUAGAAACAUUUUUGGAAAUGGGUUUUGAAGAGAAAAAUAUAAUAGAAGCAUUAAAAAUUACUGGAAAUAAUCAAUUUAAUGCUUGUGAAUGGUUACUUGGUGAACGACGACCUAGUUUACAAGAUUUAGAUAUUGGCCUUGAUACAAAUGAAUCCAUUUAUCAUGCAAUUAUAAGCAAUCCUCAAAUACAACUCAGCCUUAAUAAUCCAAAAGUGCUUCUUGCAUACUUAACAAUGCUAGACACACCUUCAGCAUCAUCAGUAUGGAUUAAUGAUCCUGAAAUAUAUCCUGUAUUCAAUCAAAUAUUUAAAACAUAUCAUGCUGAAAAACAUGCCAUCCAUAUGAAUCGUUCUAGGAUGAAUUAAUAUUAUUAACAGAUAUAAAAAUCUUCAAUAUCUGUGGGAUAAACAUAUUUUCAUAUAAACUUACAAAAAUAGAUCCUACAGGAAAUACAUGGUAUGUUAUAAUUGAAAAAAAAAUCGGAAUUUAAAUGUAAUUCAUUUAAAAAAUCGCAUGUUUAUUAAUUUAUCAUUGUUCCUAAUGAUUGUAUUAAAAAAUUAAAUACAAUAUCAGUCACUUUAAUUACUAGCACCGCUGUUUGAUGAAAGUAAUAACUUUAAAGUAAUAUACAAAUUUUGAUUUAACCAUUUAUGAUAGAAAUGAUUUAAAAAAAAUAGAAAUAUGCUGUAUCUAUAUAUGCUUUGUACUUUAUAUUCAAAUAAUAAAUUAAUAAUUUAUCUGCA